CUUACUCGCCUCUGCUGCUAGGGGUAUAUAUAGAAAAUCUAUAAGUUUAAGAUGUUUAGUUGGUAACCCACUCUCGAACCUUUUAAGUGUCGAACCAACAGAAGAGGUGUUCUUUCCUCCCUCGCAAAAAAAGAAAACAACAACACCAUCCCGGCCCACAAGCCGCAAAGCUUGAGAAAAAAAAAUAUAUAGAAUUGUGUGGACAUUUAGAAACGAUAAUCGAUCGAGUUCAAUUUGCAGUAUUGAAUUCUGAUACGAUAGUCGUCGGUGUUUGCUACUAAAAAGGAUUAUCUUAUCAUCAAAGAAGGAUUAUAAAACAAAGCGAAAAACGGAAUUAGAAAAAGCAACAAUUUGUGCUCAAAAAUGAGGAGUGCAAUAAUUUUAUUGGCGUUAUGCGCCAUUGGCAUUUAUGCCGAAAGCGAUGAUAGCUAUGUGAGAAAUGUACGCGAAACCUUCAAUGGCUACGAUUAUCCACCACCCCCUAAUCCUUUUACGUAUCCACCACCGGUUACAACACCACCACCCACCAAUAGGCCACCAACACCAGCAACAACUCGGGCUACAACGAAACCAACGACCAAGCCAACACCUGUGGUAACAACAAGGGCCACCCCCAAAACAACAACAACUAAGGCCACACAACCACCACCAACGUACUUGCCACCCACAACAACCCGGGUCACAACAGUGAAGACAACCACCAAGCCACCCACCAAACCAGUUGUGGUAACUACCCCAGUUCCACCGCGUACUACCCGUCCACCGGUAACAACAAAACGUACCCCAAGUACACCAGGUUCCACGUAUUUGCCACCCACCACCCCCCUGCCGUUUACCACACCCAAAACAACACCACCCAAACCAACAACCAGGCCACCUCCUCCCGUUACCCGUCCUCCAGUGACUAAACCUCCAGUCACUAAACCUCCAGUCACUAAACCUCCAGUCACUAAACCUCCAGUCACUCGUCCCCCAAUUUCAACCACAGCCAAGACAACACAACGUACCACAGUUUCCACACCCGGAUCAACAUAUUUGCCACCCGUAACGACUACACCAAAGACCACGCGUGCCACAACACCAAAGACAACAACCAAGGCAACCAAACCCCCAACACCCAGGACCACUGAACGUGUCACCAGGCCACCAACAACAUAUCUGCCACCUGUGACCACAACCAAGCGUCCGGUGACAACAACCAAGGCAACCAAACCCCCAACACCCAGGACCACUGAACGUGUCACCAGGCCACCAACAACAUAUCUGCCACCUGUGACCACAACCAAGCGUCCGGUGACAACACCACCACCCACCAAUAGACCACCCCCACCAGCUACAACUCGUGCCACCACAACCAAGCCAACAACACGUCCAACACCCAGGAUAACAACAACCAAGGGCAGUACACCCGGACCAACUUACUUGCCACCAGAAACACCUGGUACCACUGUCAGACCUCCACCUCCCGCAACUACACGUCCCACCAAGCCACCAACACCAAAAACAACUCCCCGUGUAACAAGGCCACCAACAACUUAUCUACCUCCCGCCACAACCAAGCCACCAACCAAACCACCUACCAAGCCACCAACUAAACCACCAACACCCAAGUCAACAACACCUAAGCCUGCUACUACUACACGGGCUACCAAGCCACCAACUGCAAAAACUACUCCUCGUGUGACUAGGCCACCACCAACAUACUUGCCACCCGUUACCACUACCAAACCCCCAGCAACCAAGCCGCCAACCAAACCUCCAACCAAACCUCCAACUAAACCACCAACCAAACCUCCAACCAAACCUCCAACCAAACCUCCAACCAAACCUCCAACUAAACCACCAACCAAACCUCCAACACCCAAGACAACACGUGCAACCCCCCCAACUCCCGGUUCAACUUACCUUCCUCCGGAAACAACCACACCCAAACCAAAACCUACCACCACCCCUCGUGCCACUAAGCCACCAACACCCCGUACCACUGAACGUGUCACCAGGCCACCAACCACAUAUCUGCCACCUGUGACCACAACCAAGCGUCCGGUGACAACACCACCACCCACCAAUAGACCACCCCCACCAGCUACAACUCGUGCCACCACAACCAAGCCAACAACACGUCCAACACCCAGGAUAACAACAACCAAGGGCAGUACACCCGGACCAACUUACUUGCCACCAGAAACACCUCGUACCACUGUCAGACCUCCACCUCCUGCAACUACACGUCCCACCAAGCCACCAACACCAAAAACCACUCCCCGUGUAACAAGGCCACCAACAACUUAUCUACCACCUGUGACCACAACCAAGCCUCCAACCAAGCCUCCAACCAAGCCACCAACCAAGCCACCAACCAAACCUCCAACCAAACCUCCAACCAAACCACCAACCAAACCUCCUACUAAACCUCCCACAAAACCCCCAACUCAAACACCCAAGACAACACCAAGGGCAACUCCCUCCACACCUGGAAUAACUUACCUUCCUCCCGAAACUACCCGUGCCACUAGACCUCCUACACCACGCACUACUCCACGUGUGACCAGGCCCCCAACCACAUAUUUGCCGCCAGCAAGCUCCACGCCGCCACCCACAAACAGACCUCCUCCACCAGCCACAACCAAACCUCCAACUAAACCUCCAACUAAACCUCCAACUAAACCACCAACCAAACCUCCAACCAAACCACCAACCAAACCUCCAACACCCAAGACAACACGGGCAACUCCCUCCACACCUGGUUCAACAUACCUUCCUCCCGAAACUACCCGUGCCACUAGACCUCCUACACCACGCACUACUCCACGUGUGACCAAGCCGCCAACCACAUAUUUGCCGCCAGCAACCUCAACGCCGCCACCCACAAACAGACCUCCUCCACCAGCCACAACCAAACCUCCAACUAAACCACCAACCAAACCUCCCACCAAACCUCCCACCAAACCUCCAACCAAACCUCCAACCAAACCACCAACCAAACCUCCAACACCCAAGACAACACGGGUAACUCCCUCCACACCUGGAUCAACAUACCUUCCGCCCGUAACUACCCGUGCCACUAAACCUCCUACACCACGCACUACUCCACGUGUGACCAAGCCGCCAACCACAUAUUUGCCGCCAGCAACCACCACGCCGCCACCCACUAACAGACCUCCUUCACCAGCCACAACCAAACCUCCCACCAAACCUCCAACCAAACCUCCCACCAAACCUCCAACCAAACCACCAACCAAACCUCCCACCAAACCUCCAACCCAACCUCCCACCAAACCUCCAACCAAACCUCCCACCAAACCUCCAACCAAACCCCCAACCAAACCACCAACAACACCAUUCAAAGGCUACGAUUAUCCCAAACCUGGAAUACCCUUUGACUUCUAAAACCAUAAAAGGUCAUCGAUUGACCCCGUGUCAGGUGAUAAUUCGUAAACUAAGAAACCAACAACCAUCACUGCCCUUUUAUUUGUCUUAAUUAGCAAAGUUUAUUAAUUUUAAUUAAUAAUUUUUUUUACAAAAACAAAAAAAAAAAUAAACAUUUGAUACCAUUGUCGUUUAAGUAGUUGUCUAGGGCUAGAUGUGUCUAGAAUCUAGUCAGUUCUUAUGCAAAAGGCGCAAAUGAAUACGAAAGUUGGCGAAGUGAAACGCCGCGUUGUAUGCGAAUGCAGAUUUUUUAAUGCAUUUAACAGAAAAAAAAAAUAAUAAUAUAAUAAAUUUAUUUUUACGAGUUUUUAUUACCCUAUGUCCCGAAUUCCAGAAUCCUUUUGCCCCAAUCCUGAAAACCCCAACCAACCAAUCCCAAAUUAAAACAAGUUAUAUGUAUGUGUAAUUUUUUAUGUAUGUAUGCCCGAGUUAUGCACACCUCUAUCUAUCUACCUAUCUGCUUAUCUAACUAUUUAUAUAGAGAACCCAGUUUGUGUUAUACAUGUUUUUUUUAUAUAUAUUGAGAAAUGGAUCUGAACCCUAUACUUAGUCGAGUACUUUGUAUGAAUGACUUUUUUUAUAUAAAUAAAAGAAUUAUUUUGUUGCAAAAUUUUAUAAUAAACCGAAGAA